UUUAAUCAGGGUUUUAUGUUUAUCAGAAACUGGAAGAAUCGCUCGGUGAUCUCGGUAUUUCUUCAAUUCCGGCCUUUUUCCUUUUCCACCGGCUGGUCCAUCGAAGGAGGCUGCUGGAGAAAUGACCCGACUCGUUACACGAUCCGUCUUCUUUAAUUUCAAUAAACUUCGACUGUAAAUAUGGAGGUCGCCUGUCUAGGGUGUUUACAGUGCCUAGUCCUGCUCCUAAUGGCUUUCUUCUAGGGCGUUAUUUAAUGUCUCUGCCCUGUUUGGUUUAUCGGGAAAAACGACCGUGAAAAUGAAAGAACAACUGGGGAAGAUGGAUGAAUGCUGAACUGUAUCAGACUGGCAAACACAACAAGAAUAUGGUGAUGUGAGAUGACGAAAUGGCCUCUUAUCAACAUUUCUGAUAAACCAUAAUUUAUAAGAAAAAGUUUUGCAGUGUUAUGAACGUAGUUGGUGCGCUAUUACCGUGUGUUACCACUGGAUGCUGGGAUGCUCGUAUGACGAACACUAUGGGAGCUGGAGCUUCUACGCCACCUGGCGUUGCCGACAGCCCCUCUCCGUCAAACACAACUGAACAGCUUGCUAUACCACAAAUUAGGGAAAGGAAAAAAUUGAAGGUUACGGGCUUUGCUACAUUGAGAAAAAAGUUGAUGCGAAGGCGUAGAUCAUCGAAAGCGUGCGAUCAUGGAAGGGUAAUAAGGGAUGCAGUGAGCGAUUGGAGUGGAUUGGAGGUAGCCGCGCUCCUAGAAGAGUACGAGGCAUUAGCUGCCCUCAAAGAUUUGUCAGUUCAAGCUGAACUCGCAAGACCACCUGCGGCAACAUUCAAACAAGACUUAUCGACACUUUAUGAUUUCAAAUACUGCACAGAUGUCGAUUUGGUAUUUAGGGGUGCCUGCUUUCCAGUACACAGGGCUAUUCUUUCUGCCAGAUGCCCUUAUUUCCGGGAUCUCCUUGCUGGAUGCCCUGGUUUUGGUGCUAGAAUUUGCCUUGAAUUAAGAACGGCAGGUGUGGACGUAGAGAUGUUUUCAGCAUUGCUUCGAUACCUUUACACGGGAGAUUUAGGAGGAGGUGGUACUACAGUCGAUGUAGGGCUUCUUCACAGACUAGGAGAGGAGUUUGGUCAUCCUAGUCCUUUGGAACAUGAUUUAAGAUAUUUAUUAGAAACUGGUGAUUAUGCAGAUGCUGCUUUGGUAUUUACUUCGGAAAACACAUCUGAUUAUCAUCGCCCAGAUUCUGGUAGUUCAGAGUAUGGCUUCAGGCCCAAACUUGAGUUACCUUGUCACAAGGCCAUACUCAGUGCUAGAUCGCCUUUCUUCAGAAAUCUCAUCCAGCGAAGAAGCAGAUCUGGUGAAGAGCACACAGAAAGGGCACUUCACAUACCAACAAGAAUUAUUCUUGAUGAGAGCGUGAUCCCAAAGAGAUACGCUAGAGUACUUUUAAAUGCCAUAUAUUUAGAUUCAGUGGAUUUAUCACUCAUAUUGCGUGGAAGCGGUUGUGGAAACAGUGCUGGAAGUUUGAGUGAGGUGGAAGCUUUAACUGGAAACGGUCGUGCUAGACCAAGCGCCCUUGAAGAAGCAAUGGAGCUUUAUCAAAUAGGACGAUUUUUAGAACUUGACAUUGUUUCUCAAGGAUGUGAAGAUGCCAUUUUAGAAUGGCUUACAAUAGAAAAUCUUCCAGUUGUGUUACGAUGGGGAUCACAGGCCCACGGGUCAGCUUGGGUCCUGCGUCAGGCACGGCAUUUAUUAAGGGAAGAGUUUACAUCAGUCGCACACACUCAAGUACUCCAUCAGCUUGAUAAGACAGAUUUAGUCGAUGCCCUGUCCUCUGAUUUCUUGCAAGCCAGUGAGCUUGAAGUUCUCCAGGCUGUUCUGAAAUGGGGCGAGCAUCAGUUGGUACGAAGGAUGGAAGAUAGAGAACCAAAUAUUGUAAGUCAGACUGCACAUUCAGUAACAAGAAAAGGUGUUAAAAAGCGAGAUCUGAGUGACGUGGAACUGAGAGAAAUUUUGUCAGAACUGCUUCCACUUGUUAGAAUGGACCAUGUUAUUCCGACUUGUUCUGAAGCUCUCACCCAAGCCAUCAGGCGAGGGCUUGUUUCAACUCCUCCUAGCCAUAUGAUUGGAUCAGAUAGAGGAGAAAGGCUAAAUGCUUGGGUGAGAGCUACAAACACAGGCAUAUUUGUGAGACCAAGACUGUUCAUGCCAUACUACGAGGAAAUCAAGGCACAAGUGGAGGAUCAACUAGUCGGGGAAGGAGAACUAAUCAGGCUCCGUAGGGCGAGGUAUAUCCCUGAUAUUCCUGAUACGCUUUAUAUGGUUGAAGAGAAACCAAGGCCUGCUCCUGGGAUCGAUAUCAUUGCACAAGCCAUACCAGUACCUGACUCAAGCACGAUGAGUGCUAUGUUAAAAAGGGAACAAAAGUUACGUCAGUCACCGAGUUGCCAAAGGGCCAUUGCACUCCCACUAUCAUCCCGCCAUGAGAUAAACCGUCAACUUAGGCUCAGAGUAGUAAGAGAAUUCAAUUUGCCAGAUGCUGUAGCUCAUUUGCUAGAGAGUGCGUUGUGCUAUAGAGUAGAAGAAGAAGAGGAAGUAUUAGCAGAUAGGAAAAGUGUUUUGAUGAACAACAGUUCAACAAGAGGAGGACAACAAACUCAUCACAAUAGCAGCAGUGGAUUAUCACGAGCAAUGACGUUUCCAAGACAUCAACACCACGUAUUGCCCGCUGUCGUUACAGAAGGAGAUCAUUUAUUGCGGCCUUACCCUACUCAGUGGGCAGUAGAGAGGAGUGAGGGUCAUUUGUCCCAGGUGAUGCCUGAUGUCGCAAUGGCCACAGGCUCUCUCGGCGAUAGCAGUGAUUCUGAUGGCUCUCAGCUUGGCCUAGACCUUGGCGAUGGCGCUGCACACUUGCAGAUGAGCCUGCCUCGUCACCGCAGGGCUUAUCCACCUCCGCCUCCACCUCCACCACCACCCCAUCGCUUCAUAUAGCACAACAGAAUACGAACGCAGUUCAAACCUAAUUGGGGAAACUGAGUUCAGACCUCGUUUUUUUUGUUUUUUUUUUUAAAUUAAUUUAUUUUUGUUUAAUUUACAAGUAUUGAAUGUUUUUGUUUCUUUUUAUUUAACGUUUUCUUAUACUCAAUAAGUGUUCAUUAUUUUUCUGUUUGUUGAUUUUUUUCAUAUACUCUUUAUUGAAAUAAAAUAGACAUUUUUGUAAUUCUCAAAUCGGUUCUUCGACAAAUUCUUCGUUGUGAUUUGUUAUCUUCAGAAUAAAAAUGUUAAAUGAGAACGUUCUGUUUUGAAAAAAGACGUGUUAUAUCCAUAUAGUCAUAUUUUUCCACCAAAAUUUCACGUUUGAAACAAAAUUGAAUAACUAAUUUUAUAUUUAAAAAUAUUGAAAUUAUGUCAUAAAAUUUAUCUUAAAUAUUUUCAUUUUGGUUAACAAAUAUCUGAUAUUUUUCCUGUAAACAUAAAAUCUAUCAAUAGCAUCAUUGCAUUUUUAGUGCAUGUAUUGUUAUUUGUAAGUCAACGAAACAGAAUUUUCUUAUAUAUAAAUAUUGAGCUUUUUUUACAAAAAAAAAACUUUCUUAAAAUGAUACAAUCACGAUAAGACGAAGCAGUUAUAUUUUUAAACGAUAUCCACAGUGGUCUAUUGUGCGGUGAUAAAUGUAACUUAUUAAUUAAUUAUAUUAACUUUUUAAAAAGAGAAGAAAGACCUACUCAUUGAUAAAAUGUUGCCAAACCGAAUAGUGAAUCUGUGUUGCUUCAGGAUUAUCGAAGUAACAAACUUUUGAUGUCGCAAGUGAUAUAAACUAUCAUUUCUUUAUUGCUAUAAAGACAACUGUCAUAAUGACAGAAAGUUAGCUUAAAACCUAGAAAAUUAUAUCUCAGCAUUUUUUUAAUAAUGCUAGAUAUAAUUAAAAAAAGAGAAAAAUGAAUGAAAACCGAUUCUAAAAAGGAAAAGAAAGAAAUGUGUUAAUGGAACAUUUUUUUAAUAUAUUGUAAGUACUUAUUAUUUGAUAUACUUAAUUUGAAAUUUGUUUUCCAGAAAUGGAUUUAUAACUGUGAUAAAAAAAGAAAUGUAUUUGAUAAGUUAUUACUGUUUAUUUAGUGUCACAAUCCAAUCCCAAUUAUUUCAUUUAAACAAAUAUUAAAAUAUGAUAUGAAAAUAUGAAAUUUACCUUUUUAAACAAAAUAAAAGAAAAAAUUAUAACGUCAUAAGACAUCAACUUUAUUCUAACUUCUUUCACCACAAACUUGUACAUAUUUUUUUAUUGUAAUAUUUAUUUUAUUUGGGGAAAAAUAUUUAUACUUGCUGUUAUAGCUUUGUAAAUAAAUUCAGUAACGUUGUUUACUGAAUGUUAAAAAAAAAAAAAUCUUCGCUCGAGACAGAGAAUUCUGGUUGUUAGCUGCAAAAGCAAUUUUUAAAGACUGGUUUUAACCUUAUACCUUAUUUUGUAUUUAAAAAAUUUAACUGAAGCUUGAAUAAUUGACUACUACAAAUGUGUAUCUUGGUAUAAGUGGCAUUUUAUAUUGGCAUAUUUUCUUUAAAUUGUUUCAUUUUGAUUCCAAACAUUGAUGGGAAAAAUAUGUUUAAAUUCAGUUUCCAUUUGUGUCGAUUAUGCUUAGCGUAUUUUAUUUUUUGCAUAACAUUUUUGUGAACGGAAAUCUUUAAAAUUUUACAUUCAAAAAUUAAAAACAAAAAAAUAAUACAAAUAUUUGUGACUUACUAUGGUUUUUUUAAAAAUGGUAGAUUUGCUGUCUCCGUAUAUUGGUAUAUUUAUAGUACAAAUAAGUCAAAAGUAAAUUAUGUAUGUGUAUAUACUACAUAUAAAAAUUAUAUUUAAUUAUACAAAUAUUAAAAAAUAAAAUUUGUGUACAAAGGUUAUUGUGUAUGGUUUAAAAGUUAAAAUGUAAAAUAGAAGAGAAAAAAUGUUCAAGGUAUCUCACAUUUGAGUCGUAUUUUUUUUUUAUGUUAAUUGGUUAAGCGUUAAUGUAUUAAUAUUGUGAUUUUUGUUGACCUAUUUUCUUAUGGGCCUUUUUUCCCCUGAAAGGACCAAGUGGAUGUUUAAUUAAUUUUAUAUUAUUGUUGUAAAAAAUAUUCAAUUGAAAAACAUUGUUGAUUAUAAAUAUUACUAUAUUAACUUAUAAUUCAAUAGAUAUCAUUUUCCACA